ACCUCAACCUACUCACCUACCAUAGAGAGACAAAAAAAAAAAGAGGAGAAAUGACAACGCCCUUCACAUCCCACAGAAAGAAACCCUCUCUCCUAAUUCCAUCCAAACGCGCUCUCUUCGCACAACGCAAAGCGGCCACAUCAAGUUUCGGGGUCAGCGCAUCACCACCACCAACACUCGUAAUCCGCAGCUCGGCUUCGACGGAGACACAAGCAGCAGCAACAGCAGCAAACCAUCUGCAAGACCAAUCCAAGACUGAAAAUAGAGAGGAGAAGAGCCAGGGACCGGAGAACAGAACGAUAGAGGCUGAUUUUUCGGCGGCGCCGCAGCCGUUUCUCGACCCGCCGCUUUGGGAGAGGAUGAAGAGUGCAGGUGGGGAAUGAAUUGGAUUGAAUGAUUUGAUUUUGAAAGGGAUUGGUAGUUGCGCUGGGGAGAGGAUUUAUUUAGGAUGAAAGAGAUGCAGAUGUUGGUCUUGUUGGUUCGAACUAUUUAUCAGUUUGUUUUGGAAUGGUACUUUUCUUUCUGUGAUGGAUAUUGUUAUUUCGGCGUUGAUUUUAUAGGGCAGGAGGUCAACCACAGAUAGAUAGCAUAGUGGAUAUUGCUAUGAACAUUUGCGUAUAUACGAGUUAGAUUAUAUUUUCGGACUACGGAGGAGUCAUCACGUAAGAGCGCAGAAUAGAUUGCAUGCAUAGAUCAAAAUCGCUAUAAAACUGAGAAGAAUAGUAUGAUACAAAGUCAUCUUGAUCGUCAAGGUCAUC